CCGAGAGAGAGCUCAUCUGGGACGUCCACCCGACCCCCCCGACCCACGCUCCCUCCGAGCUUCGUAGGUCGCUCCCGAGCCGCGCCGCUCCCCAAAUCCUCCGCAGGGGAAAGGCGAUCUGGAGGCGGCGAGCGAGCCGGCUCAGCGCUAGGAUCGGCGAUCGCGGAGGCUUGGCUGUGCAAACUUGGACGCAGCGAUGUCCAAGCCGCCGCCUAAGCCAGCUAAGCCAGGGCAGGUGAAAGUUUUUCGAGCCCUAUAUACAUUUGAACCCAGAACACCAGAUGAACUGUAUUUUGAAGAAGGAGACAUCAUCUACAUUUCUGAUAUGAGUGACACAAACUGGUGGAAAGGAACCUGUAAAGGAAGAACUGGACUAAUCCCCAGUAACUAUGUGGCUGAACAAGCAGAAUCCAUUGACAAUCCAUUACAUGAAGCUGCCAAGAGAGGAAACUUGAGCUGGUUGAGAGAAUGUUUGGAUAACAAAGUUGGUGUCAAUGGCUUGGAUAAAGCUGGAAGCACUGCCUUGUACUGGGCAUCUCAUGGUGGACACAAAGACAUCGUGGAAGUGUUAUUGACACAGCCAAAGAUAGAACUAAACCAACAGAAUAAACUGGGAGACACAGCUCUGCAUGCUGCUGCAUGGAAAGGUUAUGAAGAUAUUGUAGAAAUUUUGCUAGGAAAAGGUGCCAGAACAGACUUAAGAAACAAUGAGAAAAAACUGGCUUUGGACAUGGCUACCAAUGCUGCCUGUGCUUCCUUGCUUAAAAAGAAACAAGGGCAAGACAUAUUGCGAACAUUAAGCAAUGCAGAAGACUAUCUUGAUGAUGAAGACUCUGAUUGAAUUGCCUUAAUUUUGCCUUGAAAAUCAAUAGCUUCUUCUUUUCAUCUUUCUCACAUUCUUUUCCUCUGCUAUGAUAAAAUAUUUUUUUAUCACAAUAUGUGCUACUAUAAUUUAAGUAUGGGAAGACAUUCCUUAUAAAAAAAAAGCUCUCCCCCAUUAAGGCUAUAAAUUCCCUAAUUGCUUUUUAAAUUAUUUGUCUAGAAGAGGGCUAUGUAAAAAUAGGCAUCACCUUUUAAAUAACAGAUAUAGCAUUUAGAGAUGUCAGCCUUUUGGGGUGGAUGGGAAAUAAAAGGACAUGUUUUGGGCUAUUUUAUGGAGGAAAACAUCUCAGGAACUUGGAUUCUCCACAUAACAUUUUCAUAUCACCCCUUAUCUCUCUCUUCUCCCUCCAUAUAUAUUUAUAGGUUGUCUCUCAUUAAGUUGAUGUACUUUGUGCUAGAACUCCUAAUGGCAGGUUAUGUAAAAACUUGGGCCAGGGACCUAAAAUUAAAUAACUCCUUUAAUGUUUCCCUUGAGAACUGGCUGUGAUUGCAAUUACUGUAAGUUCAUUCGCAUGGCACAAAAAAAAAGUUGUUUAGCAACAGAUGAGACAGGGAGGGAAUAAUCUUGAGGGAAGAGAGAGAAAGGGAAAGGAAGAUUGUUUGAUCAGCUAAAAUGCAGCCAUUUUACCUUGAUGGCCAACCUUGGCAACUUUAGGAUCCGUUGGACUUCAACUCUCAGAAUUAGUCAGCUAGCUAUGGAAUUCUGGGAACUGAAGUCCACAGAUCUUAAUGUUGCCAAAGUUGGACCCAGACUGUUCUAGGAGUCUUGUCAAUACAAUUGGAUCUGGAGGAUAAAAGGAGGCCUAAUUCUGUCUUCAACAAUGAAAAAACUGUAGGGAGAAUUUGAUCAUCAAACCUGGCAUCCAUAAUAAUAAUUUUGGAGAUGAAAAGAAGCUGAGCCUUCUCUUUCUCUCUAAUUUGUAUAUGUGAGAUAUUUUCCCAAUGGUUCAUCUUCUUGUCCCUUAUUUCACAGAAUCUCUGCCCUCUGUCUGUGUGUAUGUAUGUAUGUAUGUAUGUAUGUAUGUAUGUAUGUAUGUAUGUAUGUAUGUAUGUAUAGAUAGAUAGAUGUGCUUGUGUGUGUCCAAGUCCUGAAUUUUAAAUGGUGGGAAAACUAAGUAAGAUAUCCUCAGUUGUCUUGCUUUAUGGCUUUAUUAAGUAAUAAGCCAGGAAAUAUGGCAUUUGUCCAACUGAACACAUGCAGAAUUCUGUUAGUUUAUCUGUACUAUUUUCACCAGCUGUCUUCUUUUUCACCUGAAUGUCUGGUCGAAGUUUUUGCUACGAAGGAAUCCAGCAUCUGACUUAAGAGAGAUGCAAUAAGCCAAUCCAUUUCUGCCCUUUGUUAUAUCUGUAGGUUACAACAUAGAGGUCACAGUAAAUCAUUUUUCCCAAAGUGUUCCUGGCUGCAAUAAUGGGAGGUGCAUUGAAACACACCUGAGUAUAUAAUAUUAGGACCAGCUGAACUCAGUCUUCAUGUAUUUAUACUACAAUUCAUUCACGGAGGACCAUGGUUUAUAAUCUUCUGUUUGUACAGGUUGUCCACUUAAUGUGGAAGAAAUUUACCUGGAGAUACUCAUUAUUCCAUUGUAAUUUGGAAGAUAUUUGUGGUUGUGUCUGUAACAAGAUGAUAAUGACUCUUUCCACCAUAUGCUCUUAACUUUCCUGUUUCUUUUCACCUUUAAAGUAUUUCAUUUCAGGACAGAUAUGUUUCUGAACUCAUGUGCGAUGUAAAAAAAAGCCUACAAACCAAAAGUAUCUUCAGAGAAAGAUUCAGUAUGAAUAAAUAUUUUUAAAUGCUUUGAAA